AUGGCUAGACAAAGAAAUGGUUCGUACGUACAAUGUGGCGAUUCUCCAACUUUGGGAGAAGAUGGUGGUGCCACAACUUUUGCUUUGGUUUCAGACCGAAGAUAGAGCAUAAGAAAGUCUUCGAUUGGUUCGAAGAUAAGAAAUAUACAUCAUAAGUAAAAGUCAUUAUAAAAGAAGCUAUUUCCUUAGAGUCAUGAUUGGCACAUAGACGAGAUUUAUGUUGAUGAGAGAAUAGUUUAAUCUUUGUGACCUCUUAGGAGGUGCAAGUUUGGAGUUGUGGAUCAUGAUGUUGUCUUGCGAGCAAUGGCUCUAGUGCUAGAAAGUAUCGAAGAGGCUCAUAUAGAAAUGGUGGAAAAGGCUCUUGAUGUAAACCCGAUGCUCGCUUUGAUAGUAUCAUGUAUUCUAGUAAUGUUAAUGAAUGACCAAGAUGUAUAUGUCAUGAACCUUGGGAAUAGCCAUGUGGUCUUAGUAUAAGAAAAACCAAACGAUUGUCACUCGAAUCCAAAUCUUGUGAAGGAUGAUUUGAAGCAUAGAAAUAGAUCGAGUGAAUCAUUGUUGCAUAUGGAGUUAGGUAGAAUAUCCGAAAAGUCUCGCAUGCAUAAUGAAAAUGGGUCGAUUAGUAUAGUAAACAAGAAUCGAGACAUCUCUAUAUGCCAGUUGAAGAUGAAUGUGGUUCAACUUUCCUUUGACCACAACACGAGUAUUGAAGAGGAAAUCUCGAGAAUAAAAACAGAACAUCCCUAUAAUGACAAAGCCAUUUUGAAUGAUAGGGUGAAGAGGUAAUUGAAAGUCAAACGAGCAUUUGGUGUCAGUUUCCUAAAGAAGCUUGUAGAAGCUCUGUUAGAGAUAUUUUGAAUUGAUCAUAUAGGAAAUGCUCAUUAGCUUAGCUGCAUACCCUCUAUUGUUCACAAUCAACUCUCUUCAAGUGAUCGAUUCUUGGUAUUAUCAUUCGACGGGCUUCACUAAUAUUUUAGCAACAAAGAGGUUGUUCAUGUCAUAUGGUUUAUGGAAAAUCAGAGAUAG